AUGUCUUUUGUGCUAGCACAUCUAUUGGUUCUGGCUGUUCCGGAUUUCAUUCCUAGUCUUCCCCUCACUGGCGCUGUGAACUCGAAUCUCCAUCUAUUGAGGAUGAUCUGUUAUGGGGAACUGCAUGAAAUUCUCGAACGUGUUGUCCCUACUUCAGAACGAAUGACACCUCCUCACCCUCAUUUCAGGCAGUGGCGCUUGGAUGCGGCAUUACCGCCUACCUCAUUUACUGCACUCUCCUACACUACACAAAUUCUUGUGUUUGCAUCUAUAUCCGAGCCUGCGAGGCCAGUUUUCAGCGUGGAUGAUGAUGACUAA